CAGUUGUUCUCUCUGCACAUUAAAGUGACCUGUAGGUUAAACUCUGCGCGCGCGCGCACACACACACACACACACACACACUCAGUCUAAGCGGAGCUGUGUGCGGGACGGCCGUGUCCUCCAGCAUGGACAGCGAGACACUGGAGCCGGACCCUGCGGCGGCUGCGCUCCCGAUGCGCGGUGAGUUCUCGGGAGAUGCGCGGGUCCGCUACGCGCUGGUUCUGACGGAGAGCGAGCUCACGGUGCAGAACCUCGGCACCGGGAGGCGGAAAUCAGGAGCGGUAACCGUGCUGGACCUACAGGACUGUAUAGGCUGCCGCGCGUACGGAGCGGAGGAUGGAGCGGAGAAUGGAGCGGACACGAGCGCGGGCUUCGCGGUGUACUUCUACCCGGUGAAGCGCCGCUGGGCUGGGCUGAGUUCAGCGCCGGGCCGCCGCAGAGUGGAGCGCCGCUUCCGGGUGGCAGUGAGCCCGGACCCGCGGACAAACCUGGAGGAGGCGCAGAGAUGGGCCAGAGCUAUCCGGCAGGGCUCCUUCCGCCGGUCAGGUGGUGUGUGUGCAGAGGUGAGGAGGCCCAGGAGGUUCCUGGUCCUGAUAAAUCCUCAAAGCGGUAAAGGUCAGGCCCAGGCUCUCUUCAACACCCACGUGCAGCACAUGCUACAGGAAGCCGACAUCACAUACACACUUCAGAUUACAGAGCGUCAGAACCACGCCCGCGAGCUGGUACGAGAAGCGGACCUGUCUCAGUGGGAUGCCGUGGUCAUCAUGUCCGGAGACGGGCUGCUGUUUGAGGUCGUGAACGGGCUCAUGGAGAGGGAGGACUGGGAGAAAGCCAUUCAGAUGCCUCUCGGCGUGCUGCCUGGAGGUUCGGGGAAUGCACUAGCUGCCUCGAUACACUACUACUCUGGGUCACAGUCGGUGUCCGGUGAGGAGUUGCUAGUGAGUUGUGGUUUCAUGUUAUGUAAAGGCCUGGUGUCGCAUAUGGACCUCACCUCAGUCUGCAUGGCAUCCAGCCCGCGCCUGUUCUCCUUCCUGUCCCUCGCCUGGGGCUUUGUGGCUGAUGUGGACAUCGAGAGCGAGAAGUACCGCCAUGUCGGAGCAGCUCGCUUCACCAUGGGUACUCUAGUGCGCCUCGCCUCAUUGAGGGUGUACAAAGGAAAGCUAGCGUACCUUCCUGCCGAGGAAUCUCAAUCCACUCCGAGCCAAGCUCAGUCAACAGUGUCCUUCACUGAUGGUUCCAACUCAUCCUCCGUUCAUUCCCACAUGUCAAGGAAUUUGAAUUGUCAGAAUCACCUCUUGCACAAUUCAUGCAACUCCAACAAUGCCCACAAACCCAACUGGACCGGUGAGUCACCAGUGACCACACGAGGCCCCACCGAUUCCCUCCUUGUACCCUUGGACCAGCCUGUGCCAGCACACUGGACCGUGGUCAAGGAGGAGGAUUUUGUUCUGGUGAUGGCGGUGUACCAGUCCCACCUUGCCGAAGACUUGAUAGCUGCCCCUGCAUCUAGACUCAAGGACGGAAUUAUACACCUGAUCUACGUAAAAGCAGGAAUCUCACGUCGAGCCCUCUUGCGCCUCUUCUUGGCCAUGGAGAAAGGUGCCCACUUGAGUACCAACUGCCCCUUUGUGGUGUACGUUAAAGUGCGAGCACUACGACUAGAGCCCUUUUCACCCAAAGGGACCAUCACAGUCGAUGGUGAGGUGGUUGAAUACGGGCCAGUGCAAGCGCAGAUCUACGGCAGUCUUGCCAGGAUUAUAGCCGGAUAGAAUUGCACAUAGAAGGCCAGAAAUGCACGUAGAAGGCAAAAACUGCUUACAGUGAAUCAAAGAUUGCAGAGUCAAUUAGCAAUAAAACAAAAUGAUUGCUAGCUCUUUAUUUAUUGUUAGUAUCAAAGGAGUGGACAAGUUCUUGCUAGGAUAGAGCUUGCUUUAUUUAAAGGAAUGCUUCACUUGAAAAUGCUAGCUUUGCUAAUAAUGAAAAGCUAGAGUGGGCAUUAAAAGAAAUCUUAUUUUCAUAGCAUUCAGUCCCCACAAGCUUUGACUUGUUAUUAGCAUCACGUCUUAGCAUUUGCAGGAUUGUCUACGAAGCGAGGUACCAUAGUUUUUGAAAGCAAUGACUUCUACUGUGUGAUUGAUGUCUGCUGCUGUUUUCAAGGUGCUACUGAUUGUAGUGACAAAUCAUGCAAAAGAUUGAAGAGAAAUUUAUUUAUUUUUAUACUGCUGUUUUGUACACGCCAUAGACAUCUCCACAUAUCUCGCGUUUAUGUGAGAAGCAGUAUAUAACCGGGAGAUCAUGAUUCAGCUGGACGGGUUUGGGUAUGAUGCUUUCAUCUGUUUUUCAUUUCAAAAUGAUUUUUUUUUCUUGGCUCAUACAGAAAUAGAAAUUUAAUUCAUUUGUUAAUAAAAUUAUUAAAGUAUUGACUAAAACUCAAAUAUCCUAAACUCAAAGGAAUCCUAAUAUGAAAAAAAUUAUAUAUCCUGGUUAUCUACGACUGUUACUGGGUAACUAGUAUCAAAAACAGGGUAGAUUAAAGAUUGACAUUAGCACCUGAUAUCCUGCUAAUGUGCUUUUUAAAAAGUAACUAUAAAGUGAAAGUAAAAGAGGGCAACAUGAGGAAUAAAAAAAAAAUCAUUAGGAUUUUCCAGCUGCUGCAAGUUAAUCAAUUUAAGUGCAGUUGUUAAAAGAUUUAUGAUGUUAGCUGACGUUAUUGUAUUUCAAUUAACGUGGGUUGGUAACAUCAGCUAAAUAGCUAAUUGGCUCACUUCCAACAGGUCUCCAGUCAAAAUUUGUCGACUACCUUCACAGGAAUUUUUUGGAUUCAAAUUUGGAUUCAUGAAUGUGACUUUGUAUUAGACUUUGCAUAAUAUGCGCCAAGAAAAAAACAAAAAUGAAAUAAAAUGCUAUUUCUUGUUUUCCCAUUUUCAUUUGAAAACAGAUGAGCGCAACGUACACGGAUCGACAGGUUGCACCAGAUUUAAUGGAGCUCUUACAGUUUAAUCAUUAUUAAAUACACCUUGCUCUGUUAUUCAUAUUUUUUGUUGGUCUAGCCUCAGGGUUGAGAUAAAGUUACCACCAUUUACAACAGCUUAAGAAAGCUCUGUUUGCUGUAUCAGUGAGCUCUGUUUGGGCAAUAUCGGUUACUAUGGGUGGUGUCUGUAAUGGAAUAUUUGCGCCGCUUCUUUGGAUUAAAGCUCAUGUGUUCGGAUGGUUUUGAACCUGGCAAUAUGAUCCCAUUAUUGAAUGUGUUUAUUUAUAGAACACUGUAAUGAUGAUAUUAUAUCCAGUGCAGAAAUAACGUGAGGAUUUAUCCCUGUUGUGGUCGGUGUAACAGUCCAUUACAGGAUCAUUUACUGUUUUAUGGGGACGAAACAAAAAGCUGUAUUUAGGAAGGACUCCAUCAUCCAAUUAUCAUUUGGUAAUUUCGGAAAUUAAUGAAAAAUUUUGGGCUACACAUAGAAAGGCUACUAUGUAGCCGAGUUUCGAAAAAAAACGUUUUCCAGUGUUAAACAAAAUCAAAGGCAAUGAUCACGAUUUGGACGAGACUGAAAUUGGGGUGUUAAUUUUGGGUUGGAAUUUUACACCCCCAAAAAAAUUCCACUAGGGGUAGAUUGGGGAAAAAGACAUUUCCGAUCAAGACAUAAAUAAAAUCACAGACUAUGACCUAUAAACGAUGGAAUUAUCCAAGUUCCUAAAGUGUAACUGAUUCCAUCCGAAUAGGGCUACAGAUACUGUGCUAAUCAAAGAUACGAUACUGUUUGACGAUACACUGUGGCUACGUUUUCUUCUUAAGAAAUCUUUCUAAACAAAAUAGGCAAAAGGAUCACGUAAUUAAAAUACACUGAAACACACAAAUCCAAACUAUAAUUUAAACAAUUCAUGCAUCAUUAUUAGUUCCAAAAGCUAUGUACUGUAUGCAUUUUAAUUGAAUAUUUCUAAAGAUAAAGAGCUAAAGAUUAAGGCGAAUUUUCAGCUAGCUAACUAGAACAUAGCUGAUAGGUUUUAUACAUGUGACAGUUUAAGCAGGACAAAACGGUCAAAAUUUCUGUCAGAAUGACUAAAGACAGACUAAAAUCACACUGCAGUUACACUCAGCAUCCACCGCAAACCAGACUUCCAUGGGUGUAAAAUGGGGUUGUUUUAUUUCCUUCAUUGUUUCUCCUAAGUUCAACAGUAGUUUGUGUAUCUGCAGGUGUGUAUGUAGAAACAAAAGUAGACUAUGCCGCCUUAACACAGCUCAAGAGCAUUUAUCUCUACUGGUCUGUGAAUAAAUCAUGAAUGAAUGAUCAAAAAAAGAGAUAAUUUGCACCUUUUGCACUUUUGCACCUUUAAGAGACGUACUGUAUUUGCUGUAGAGUUAUAUAAUUAUUGUUUGCAUUGUGAUGUUAUUGUUUUAUUGUUAGCCAAUUUUAAUGAAAAUGUAUAAGUGGUUAAUUCAGGUCUUUUUAUUUGUAUAAUAAAGCUCAGAUUAAAUAUUUAUAGAAGUGUUAUUCACAAUGUAUUAGUCUAUACAAAUCAUUAAUACAUUCUAGAAGUGUCUAAUUUAACUGUAACAAAUAACAAGAUCUUAAUUAACCCCUUAUACAGUAUAUGUUUCUUAAUAACAAAGUCUUGCUUGCUUUAACGUUCUUCUGAGAGCAUGAGCAGGAACCGUAACACAACCUCCAUCUCUCAGUGCCGGUUAAUGAUUAGCCUCACAUCCGUCAUCACCAGGGCAGUGAAUGUUGUCCCAUAAUCAUCUCCUUUAGAAAGUCAGUUUCGAUUGGCCGGACAAGGCUGCUAGCACGUUGUAAAGUCACUGGAGAUAAACAUGACCACACUUCUCACUGAUUCCACACAUUCUUACAAUUUUACUCAGAAAACUAGCUGAUGAGGUCAUGCAGGGCGUGCCUGAAAGCGUGAUUUAGGGUACUGGCAUUGAUUUGAAGGCUUUGCACUGCAGUGGUCCGCUUCCAACACAACACCCCUUCCUCCUUCUCCAAAACACACACACACACACACACACACACACACAACCCCACCCUGUGUGAAGACCCAGCUGGUUUGCGCUGAUUACAACCCCCCUUAUCUACACAUCAAUCCCAACGUGCACCUUCUGUUUAUGACUGCACCAAGAUGAGAUGUUGUAUUUACUAUACAACUAUACUAUAUAUAUAUAUAUAUCUAUAUUCGAAUUUUGAAUAUGAUAAAUAGUAUGUAAUAAUGUACUAAUGCUAUAAAAAGUUGUUCUGGGUGGAGUGACACAUGAAACACAAUACAGCAAAUCAAAUCGGAGGUGCUGGUCAUCUGCCAGGAAAGGGGGAGGGCGGGGUUACUGACUCGCCUAAAGCUACGUUAAAUAACCGGCACAUCCACAUUUCAUUUGAACGCUGGUGUAGAAUUAACACGGCUUGUUGAGGAAGGUGUUGUUAAACAACCACUGUAACAGUAGCUUGCUAAAUCAACAUACACAAAGAUGGACGCUAAACAAACAUAACUUAAGUGUUACCUAACUUUACACUUUAUUUAUUUCAUUACACAGUUAUUUUUUUAGUGUUAAACCUGGCAUGUGCUUGCAGUGCAUCAUGGGUAAUAUCUGCGGUCACUCAGCCGCUGAGUACAAUCAAUGCAAAUUCUGGCAUUAAAUUAUUCAAAUGUCUGACGUUACAGUAAGAACACUAGCUAGACGUGACAUGUAGAAUUUAUGACUUUAUUGCCGUGCACUUCACUGUGGGAUCGACCAGAGGUCAUGACCUCGGCUGUUUCCUCUGGGAAUUAUCCGAACCUUUCAAGCGUGAGUGAGGAUCUCUUUCAUUGAAUUUUUGAUUCGGUUCUAGAUUUCUAUUUCUAGCCUUUGCUGUGUUAAUUUUUUUUUAUAUGGAAAUAUGGUCACAGUUGAAAUGGUUUAAAAUCAGAAACAUUGUUGCUAGGCAACUGGGAAGUAAGGUCACGAAGCGUAAACUAGUUCAGGCGUGGUCAGACUGGUGGACGGUGUUCCAGAUGCGUAGCCAGCGAUGUACCAAAAUGAGUACUUGGGGAAAAAAAAUACUGAACCAGACCGAAUAAACGUAUGAACGAAAUUGGCUGGAGUUCAGCGACUCUAAACUUUAACUGUCAUGGCUGGACUGAUUAGCUAACUGAUGAUAUGUUUUUGUUUUUAAAAAAUUACGAUGAAAACAGAAGCAGUAUGCAUUAAAUCUCAGCAUUAAGUUCAAAAAGACGUUUCGUUUAUUCAUGAUGUUAGUCCAAAGUGGUUACAUGAAGCAUCACUACGCAACAAAACAACAGUUUCAAAUAAUCAAAUUUAUAUCCAUAAACUAAUCAUUAAUUAUUAAACAUUAAACGAUAACCGAUGUCAACAUUCAGUCGUGUUAGUCACAUACCUUUAUAAACAAGGAAUUUUAUGUAACUGGACUUUAAACAUUUUAAUUGAAUAUUUCUUAGCUAGCUAAUGAUUAAGGCGAAUUUUCAGCUAGCUAACUAGAACAUAGCUGAAAAGUUUUAUACAGUUUAAACAAGACAAAACAGUCAACAUUUCUAUCAGAAUUACUAAAGAAAGACUAAAAUCACACUGCAGUUACACUCAGCAUCCACCACAAACCAAACUUCCAAGAGUUUUAUCGUGCUAAGCAUCAGUGUUGCGUCACAAUCCUUGAAUUUGUAAAAUUUCGAUUCUAAAGUGGUGAAAAUGAAAGAGUGGGUUGAUUGUAUAAAAUCUUCACUCUAAUUAAACAUAGUGAUCCCCCACGUCAUUCUGCUCCUGGUUUGUGGUAAACUAAAGUUUUAGGAUGUUUUAAAUCCAUGCAAUCCACAGUAGCCUUGGGAUAUCACGUCACCUUACGCCUUACGAAGCCCAGAAUGCAAAAUGGGGUUGUUGUUUUUUUUUUCCUUCAUUGUUUCUCCUAAGUUCAACAGCAGUUUGUGUAUAUGUAUGUGUGUAUGUAGAAACAAAUGUAGACUGUAUCGCCUUAAAACGGCUCACGAGCAUUUAUCUCUACUGGUCUGUGAAUAAAUCAUGAAUGAAUGAAUGACCAAAAAAUGAGAUAAUUUGCACUUUUUGCACUUUUGCACCUUUAACAGAUGUAUUGUUGUAUAUGUGAUGUGCUGUAUAAUAUGAGUUAUAUAAUUAUUGUUUGCUUUGUGAUUUUAAUGUAGUUAAUCUGAAGUAUUUUCUUUUAGUGUUUUUUCUUAAUGAUUUUCUCUUGAUUUGGACUGCUAAGGUACACACGGCGCAUGGUUUCACAAAGAGAUGUGGAAAUGACGCCAUUUUGGAUUUCAGCUUGAUGUUAGCUAAACAUUCCAUAUAUGAAGAUAUACAUCAGUGUCAGGCUUGAUCAUCAUCACUGUGACUGUUAUACAUUUUUAUCCAGCGCUAGAGAGCAAUUUUGGUGAAAAAUCAAAUUUAUACACUUCAGAAAAGACGUGUUUAGUGUCCGAUGUUUGCUAACAGACUUCUAUUACAUGUUAGUGACAUUAGACUCUUCAGCCUCAGUGCAGAAUUAAAGCUGAUUGACUAUUGGCUCAUGAUGUCAAUAAACCCAGACUCACUCAUGAUCAUGCACCACCAUUACUUUAAUAAUUAAUUUACCCAGAAUUCAGUGCUGUGUUUGCUUUCUUUUUAGCUCUCUAUUGCUCCAAUUUUAUGUUAAAAAAAAAACAAAAAACUAUGCAAACAUGUGUACACAUCAUGUAUCACAAUCAAUGCUGUUACAGUGUGUGUUUUGUAAACGUACUGCAAUGGCUAUAAUUAAAGAAAUCUAUUAUACUGUUGAACAAAAUCUAAUUAAGCCUAAUUAUUUUUCUCUCCUUUUGUAAAUCGAGUCUCUUUAGCUUGGAGGAGAAGCAGAAAGCCAGUUAAAGGAGGUGCUUCCCAUUA